AUAGGGGAUGUGCAAGAUGGGACAGAGGUUCACACUCUUCCUAAAGAGGUACAACAGGUAGCAAACUCCAUCAUGGAGAUAACUAGUGCUGUCACCCUCCUCCUUGUCAUCUGUCUGUCUUAUCUUGCCAUUAUAUCAGUUAAGAGGAAACUAUCAAACAAGGGGAACCUUCCUCCUGGACCCACUCCGCUGCCUCUGAUCGGGAAUUUCCUGCAGAUCAAGUCAUCAGAAACCUUAAAAUCGAUCCUCAGGCUGCGUGAAAAAUACGGCCCCGUCUUCACCGUCUAUUUUGGAACACGUCCGAUUGUGGUCUUGUGUGGACACCAAGCGGUGAAGGAAGCCCUGGUAGACAAGGCUGAAGAGUUCAGCGGGAGGCGAACCACCCCUACUCUGGAACCAAGCUUCCAAGGAUAUGGAGUGGUCUUUGCCAACGGAGAGCGCUGGAGGCAACUACGCCGGUUCUCCCUCACCGUCUUGAGAGAUUUCGGAAUGGGGAAAAAAUCCAUCCAAGAGCGGAUCCAAGAGGAGGCCCAGUUUCUGCUGGAAGAAUUCAGGAAGACUAACGAGAAGCCCUUUAGUCCCAUCUAUAUCAUCAGCCGGGCUGUCUCCAACGUUAUUUGCUCCAUCGUUUUUGGUAAUCGUUUUGACUACGAGGACAAGGAUUUCCAGGCCCUCAUGGAGAUGAUAAACAACAGCUUCCGGGAAAUGAGCACCGCCUGGGCCCAGUUGUACGACAUUUAUGAGAGCAUCCUGAGGUACUUCCCAGGGCCCAAGGACAAGGUCUACAAAUACCUGGAUGGGAUUAGAGUCUUCAUUGCUAAGAGAGUGGAGAAGAACCAAGAGACCCUUGACCCCAGCUUCCCACGGGACUUCAUAGAUUGCUUCCUCAUCCAGAUGGAAAAGGAGAAAGAUAACCCAUCCAGUGAAUUUAACAUGAGAAACCUGGAGCUCACUGCUCUUACUCUUUUCUUUGGUGGUACAGAAACAAUCAGCUCUACCCUGAGAUAUGGGUUCCUGUUUCUGAUUAAAUAUCCCGAAAUCCAAGCAAAAGUGCAUGAGGAAAUUGACCGAGUGAUUGGACGGAACCGCGUCCCAAACAUUGAAGACCGGACCCAGAUGCCAUAUACAGAUGCCGUCAUCCAUGAAGUGCAGAGAUACAGUGAUUUGCUUCCCAUGGAUCUGCCCCACAUGGUUACUCGUGACACUGAAUUCAGAGGAUACAUGAUUCCCAAGGGAACAGAAGUCUACCCUGUACUCAGCAGUGUCCUGCAUGACCCCACAAUGUUUAAAAGGCCCUAUACUUUCUACCCAGAGCAUUUCCUGGAUGAGAACGGACGCUUCAAGAAGAACGAUGCUUUUGUGCCAUUCUCCUCAGGGAAAAGAAUAUGUUUGGGUGAAGCCUUGGCCCGUAUGGAGCUUUUUCUCUUCUUCACCACCAUUUUGCAGAGUUUCUCGCUGAAGCCGCUUGUGGACCCAGAGAAAAUUGACCUAACCCCCAUGGAGAGUGGAUUUGCCACUAUCCCACCAUUUUAUGAGCUCUCCAUCAUCCCACGCUGAGAGGUCCUGCUCUCCACAGCCAUAACUGUUUUAUAGAAGUUGUAUUAACCAACUUCACAAGGAGAAAGGACACUUAGAAUGAUAUCUUUCUUUUUUCACCCCCUGAUUAGGUUUUUUGGGAGUGGAGUGGUGUUGAAUCCUCAGAUUGGUAAUGUAUGGCUCAUUGCAGGCUUUGUAAUUUGUUGCAGCAACAACUAUUUCCUGGACAAUUUUUUUAAAAUACAAUUUUGUAUUUCGUAUUUAAUGGGACUUGAGCAUCCACAGAUAUUGUUAUCCAUGGUGGGUUCUGGAACCAAAUCCCAGCGGAUAACAAGCAAAAUGGUGUCCCU